CAUACUUUACGCAUAGUAAGAUUAUCGUUACUAAUUCAAUAGCCGUUGCAUUCAAAACUUGAAAAAAAGAAAAUGAAAGAAAAAGAGAAAACUCAAUAACAUUAGAAAAAGAACUUUGAGUCCACAAAAGCAACAAUUACAUUAGAUGGUCAAGCAAACGUAAACGUAAACCUCUGCGGUCAUACAAGAACGAAGAUAAGAUUUGCAAAUUGAAUAAGUAACAAGCAAUGCGGAUUUCAGUAGUUUUUUUUUAUUUCGCAAAACAUGGAAUCUCGUUUUUCAUCGCUAUCAGUGUAGAAACUGAUUUCUUUUCCUCUAUAAAUUUGUGCUUUUUUAUUAUAAAACACAGCGCCCUCAGACACACGAACAAUAAAUAUUCUUAUAAAGUUAAUGAUCAAUAUCGAGCGAAACUAUGAAAGUUUAGUAGUCUCGGAAACGUCAUUUAAGCAUUAUACCUACGGAUAUUCAUUAACAAAACAACUCAACAUGGUCGAUGAUCGUUUGCCUAUAGUAGACGAAGAACAAGAUGUUUCGACACCUAAUCGACAAGAUCCUCAAGAUAAGGAUAGGGAUAGUGAACUGGAUUUUAAGCAUGUCGGUUGCUGUAACCCAGCAAGCAGAUUUCAUCGUUUUUUGGCGUUAAUAUUUAUGUGCCUGCUGGGUUUCGGUUCAUAUUUUUGCUAUGAUAAUCCCGGUGCUUUGCAAGAAGUGUUUAAAGAUGAAUUAAACAUCACUACGACGCAGUUCACAUUAAUUUAUUCAAUAUAUUCAUGGCCUAAUAUUGUGCUAUGUUUCUUGGGGGGGUUCCUACUAGAUCGCGUGUUUGGUGUACGUUUAGGCACCAAUAUUUAUUUGGUUAUUUUGCUUGCCGGACAAUUAGUCUUUGCUGGCGGAGGCAUUCUGGGUACCUUUUGGCUUAUGAUAGUUGGCCGUUUUAUAUUUGGCAUCGGCGCAGAGUCUCUAGCGGUCGCUCAAAACAAUUAUGCCGUGCUAUGGUUCAAAGGUAAAGAACUUAAUAUGGUAUUCGGUCUGCAAUUGUCGGUAGCACGUUUGGGUAGCACCGUAAAUUUCUGGGUUAUGCAGCCCAUAUACGAUUACGUGAAACAAUAUUAUCCGGAUAAUGCGAUCGGCAUUGUGAUGCUUCUGGCAGCCAGCACUUGUGUGUUCUCCCUAUUAUGCGCUCUCAUACUAGGAUGGAUGGAUAAACGAGCCGAACGCAUAUUGCGCCGCGAUAUUAACUCUAAAGGCGAAGUUGCUAAGCUAAGUGAUAUCACUACAUUUAAAAUAACAUUCUGGAUGGUAUCUGUAAUUUGUGUAGCCUACUAUGUCAGCAUUUUUCCCUUUAUAGCGUUGGGCAAAGGUUUUUUUAUGGAAAAAUUCAAUUUGCCGCCCGAGGAAGCCAACAACGUCAACUCCAUUCUAUAUUUGAUAUCCGCCGUUGCAUCUCCUUUAUUUGGUUUUAUUAUUGACAAAACCGGUCAUAACGUGGAUUGGAUAUUUCUAGCCGUCUCCUCGACUAUGGGCGCUCAUUCGCUAUUGACCUUCACAAUGGUAAAUCCCUAUGUGGGUAUGGUUAUCAUGGGCCUCUCUUACUCGGUACUGGCCUCCAGUCUAUGGCCUUUAGUAGCUUUAAUUGUACCGGAAUAUCAACUAGGCACUGCUUAUGGAUUUUGCCAAUCAAUACAAAAUUUAGGCUUAGCAAUUGUAACAAUAUUGUCUGGCUUAAUUGUCGAUAAAAGCCAUGGCGAUUAUGUAUGGUUGGAAGUAUUUUAUUUAGGCUGGCUCACGGUUGCUUUUGUCGCCAAUACUGUAAUUUAUGUUUACGAUCGGAAAACCAAAGGAAACCUUAACAGGGCACCUACUAAAACAUAAUAACAUGUUCCAAUGUGUAAAGGUUUAAUAACUAUAUACAUAAUGUAAAUAUAUAGUUUUCGAUAAACUUAACACUUGUCUUUUCCUGCUUAACAUCACCUGCAAAAUUAAAAUUGGGUUGUCUUGAAAUCUUCUUUAGAAGUAAAUUUGCAAUUCUUUAGUUUCUUAAAUAUUGUGAGACAAGCGCGUCACGUCAUUAAAGAACUACGGGUGUUUUGUGCUAUUUUCCGAAUCGAUUUCAGUAGAUCUGCUAACCUAUUUCCCCGUACAAUUUGUGCCGGCGUCAGAGUCGAACGUUAUUUAAAAUGGGUUGUCAAAUGGGCCACCUUUACGAUAUAUUUUAUUGUCGCAGUUUUUGUUAUAAGCGUCAUCAUUUGAUACUUCACAAGCAAGUGCUUUGUCAGCCACUUUCUUUUGAACACCUGUGUCAUUAUUAUUGAAAUUUGGCCCGUAAGAGAUAAUAUUCGCAAAUGGGUAUAGGCCUGGAAUACGAAUGAAAGCUUACGACGCUUCGCACAAAUCGCAACCCUUUAAGAAGAAUUCAAAAUUUCAAUGCUUAAUAUGUCGCGGCAUUACCUAAAUGUUCAUUUGUAAAAUCUACAUUAGCAGGCGUGCAAAUUGCGCAUAACUAAAAAAUGCAGUGGCGACUAUGAUUCGCAGUUCCGCUAUCCUUUUAUCACAUCUCUUUCGACGCAUCUCUGGGGAGCGUCUUUUUAGAUUGAAAUGUGCGCUUUUUCUUGGAAGUAGAUAAAUAUAUUGAUUGUACGAAUUUAGUCAUUUAACCAUUCAUAUCGUACAAGGUGUUUUAAGAUUGUUGUUCAAUCAAACCCUGCCAUACCGGUUCAGAGCUAAGACUGUUCUCGAAGAAAUCGGUAAAAAAUACGAUUCGAUAAACCGAUAAAAAACGAGGGUGGAAUUUAUGUGUAUACUUUUUUAUAAAAAUAAGCCUUUAAAUAAGAACAUUGCGCACAGCAACGUAUGGUGUAUAAUAGCUGGGCUGGGACGACUAUAAUGUUUUUGCUCGAUAUGCCCUCACGACGUUAAAUUUGUGAAAACGAUUCACCUUUCAUUGUACGGAACGAUUCUGAACCGUCUUACGAAUCAAUUUGAAUUUGUCGAACCUUCCGCUCAUUAAUAUACUCGUCUAAUAACUUGAUCAACUUAUAAAUCCCAAGUUUUAAUAUAAAAUGACAUAAUUUGACGUGUUUUAGAUUGGAUUUGAUUAAAUCAGACCAUUAUUACUACCACGUCUUCCAUUUUGAAAAAAGUUUAUAUAUGAAAAUAUUUCUCGACCCAAGUUGGUACAAAAAUAAUAUAUUGUCAUUCAAAAUAAAUGUGUAUAAGUUGAAUAAAAGUGGCAUGUUUUUGGACAAACUUCAAAGUAGAAGUUCUUACAAAAGAUAAAGUUUCGUAUGGCAAUAACGCGGAAUUUGUAGAGCUUUAUAAUGAAAAUUUAUUCAAUGUUGCUGUUUGACAUAUAAAUCUAGGGUUUGACCGCAAAGGACUCCUUCCCACAAUAAGUGUAUGGCUAUUCCACGACGAAAAUACGUGAAGAAAAAUAAAAUUUUGAUAAAAAAAUUAACUUGUAUUUAGAUUACGUCUUUACUUCCAACAUUUGCUAGCAAACACCUGGAGGCGGCUUUCCCGAAAGUAGAGAUGGGCGAGGCUUUCCGGCAACCCUUCGAAAUCUUCUACGCGGCUAUGAGGCAACAUAUGGUGAGCGGGACAUUCGCAAGCGCAUGCAGGCAACGGUGACAUAUCGGGUUGAUUUCUUCACGGCAGUAGGUUCCUGUAGCAGCGCUGAAAAUCAUAGAACAAAUCUGCUCCGGUACAUAAUAAAAUUUCUGCUAACCGGGAGAAAUUGGGGAGAGCCACCGGUCCGCAGUGUGUCGGCAUUCUAAGCAAAUC